GGCUUCUAUAUAAAAACGAAAAUCUCUGGUCAAACCAACAGUUUAGUUUACUCGCUGUGUUGCAUUUUACUGCCAAACAAUGAAACUAAUAACUGUGCUUUGUCUCGUUUCAUGUGCCAUUUUAGCAAAGGGUAACAAAGUUACAAUGACUGAGGAGCAAAUGAAAAUGGCUGAAAUGCUUCAUAACAACUGUGUUAAGGAAACCGGCGUUAGUGAAGAUUCAUUUUCAGCUGCUGCCAAAGGAGAUUUCAAAGAGGAUGACAGUCUUAAGUGCUACAUGAAGUGUCUUCUGGUUCAAAUGGGAGUGUUUUCAGAAGAAGACAUGAGCCUAGACAAAGAAGCUAUGAUUGAGAUGGUUCCAGAUGAAGUUAAAGAACAAAGUACGAAGGCUGUGGAGAAGUGUACUCCUUUACAUGGAGAAAAUGGAUGUGAGAUGGCCUUCAACUUAUACAAAUGCUUCUAUGCUUUUGACCCUGAGAAAUAUUUCCUCAUUUGAAGAAAGUACCACAGUUGUUGAAGGAAGACUUCAGAAUAUUCACAAACACCAAUCCAUCUGCUCCAUCUACAUGGACUUAUAAACUUAUUUACCAAUUUAUGUUGAUCUUUUGAAUGUGUUAUACUACAUUAAAUAAAAUGUUAAGCAGUCGUCUUAAAUUA